CCCCGCUUCAUCCUCACGAAUCCUCUGCAAGCUCCCAUCCCAUCCUCGAAUUCAGAUUCCCAUCCGAGCAAACCCUACCGCCCUUUUCCACUCACCCUAGAGGACCCGAUGGCGCCCAAGGCGGAGAAGAAGCCGGCAGCGAAGAAGCCCGUGGAGGAGGAAUCCGCGGCCCCGGCGGAGAAGCCCCCCGCGGGGAAGAAGCCCAAGGCGGAGAAGCGUCUCCCGGCGGGCAAGUCCGCCAGCAAGGAGGGCGGCGAGAAGAGGGGUCGGAAGAAGGGCAAGAAGAGCGUGGAGACGUACAAGAUCUACAUCUUCAAGGUGCUGAAGCAGGUGCACCCGGACAUCGGCAUCUCCUCCAAGGCCAUGUCCAUCAUGAACUCGUUCAUCAACGACAUCUUCGAGAAGCUCGCCGGCGAGGCCGCCAAGCUCGCCCGCUACAACAAGAAGCCCACCAUCACUUCUCGGGAGAUCCAGACCUCCGUCCGCCUCGUCCUCCCCGGGGAGCUCGCCAAGCACGCCGUCUCUGAGGGCACCAAGGCCGUCACCAAGUUCACCUCGUCUUAGGCGUUUGCGAUGUGUAGUUCUAGUAGGUCGGAGCCUUGGUGUCGUGUAAGUGCUACGGUGGCUUUUGACCGAUGGAAUGGAAUGGAAUGGAAUGCUAUUGUUAUUUUAAUGUUUCUUCAUCUGCCCAACAUCUGCUAUCUGAAUGUUGAUCUC